AUGUCAUCCGUCAUGCAUUACUAUCCAGUGCAUCAUGCAACAGCAACGCCAGUGGUUAAAUACAGCGAUUUGCUCUAUGGACAUCAUCAUUCGGCGAAUCUGCAGCCAACUUCCCUGCAAAAUUACACGCAGCACAGUGUCAGCAGCAUACCGGAGCAUCCAUCGUUGCAGCAGCAUCACCACCAGCAGCAGCAGCAGCAGCUCUCCUCCGAUGAGAAUCUGCCGUCGCAGUCCUCCAGCCAGGAUAUGCAGCGAGUGAAGCUGAAGCGUUCCAGGACGGCCUUUACCAGCGUCCAACUGGUGGAACUGGAGAACGAAUUCAAGAGCAAUAUGUACCUCUACCGGACGCGUCGCAUCGAGAUUGCCCAGCGACUGUCCCUGUGCGAGCGACAGGUGAAGAUUUGGUUCCAGAAUCGACGCAUGAAGUUCAAAAAGGACAUCCAGGGACACCGGGAGGCCAAGGCGAGUGCAAAGCUCGCACAGCCGCAGGCGGAGCAGAGUGCACACCGUGGCAUAGUGCAGCGAUUGAUGUCCUACUCGCAGGAUCCCCGGGAAGCGGCUGCCAGUGCGACGGAGAAGCGUCCUGCUGUGGCAGCAGCGGCUCCUGUUCCUCCUCCACAAGCCAUCGCAAAUAUCUCAACGAACAACAACAACAACAACAACAGCAUGUGCUCCUCCGAUCUCAGCGAGAUUCUGGAACAUCUCGCCCAGAGCACAGCGGUGCCAGCUGCAACUGUGGCCCCCUUGGGGGCAGCCAUUGGCCAGGCCUCUGCAGCUUCUGGCGUGGCGUCUUCUGGUCACUAUUCGUACAAUGUGGACCUCGUCUUGCAGAGCAUCAAACAGGAUCUGGAGGCAGCUGCCCAGGCCUGGUCCAAGUCCAAGGCAGGGCCUGUCCUAGCCACUGCCCAAUCCUGGCAUCCCAGUGGCGGCGUCGGCCCCAGCAGUGUCCCGGUGAAUCCCUCGAUGAAUCUGUCGUGGGGCGAGCCAGCGGCCAAGUCCAGAAAGCUGUCCAUUUCCCACAUCAAUCCGUGUGUGGCUGGCGGCUACAACUAUCAGAGCUAG